AUGUUCCUCACCCUUCUGCUCCCCUCCCUCGUCCUCGUCGCUCUCAUCUACAAACACCUCUGGCACCCCUACUUCCUCUCGCCCCUCUCCGCCAUCCCCAACGCCCACCCCACCUCCCCCCUCAGCUCGCGAUGGAUCACCCUCCGACGGCAUCACACGCAAGACAUCCACGCCAUCUCCGCCGCCCACCGCCAACGCGGCCCGAUCGUGCGCCUCGCCCCCAACGAACUGAGCGUGAACUCCCUCGCCGGCCUGCGCACCAUCUACACCGGCGCCUUCGAGAAAGACGCCUUCUACAGCGCCGCCUUCAUCAACUUCCACACCCCGAACCUCGUCGGCAUGCUGCACAACCCACCACACGCGCGUCAGAAACGCAUGCUCAGCAACAUCUACGCCAACUCGCAUCUCCAGAACUCACGUCCCAUGCGGGUGCUCUCGUCGCAUAUCCUGUGGAAGCGAUUGUUUCCUAUUCUGGAGGGCUCGGCGGACGCGGGGGAGGCUGUUAAUGUCUUGCCGCUGUUUCAGGCCGUCGGGAUGGAUUUCACCUCGGCGUUUUUGUUCGGGUUGAGGGGUGCGACGAGGUUCGUUUUGAAGGAGAGGGAGGAGUGGGCGACCUGGCUGGAUGAGUAUGAGAGGUUCAAGGUUUUGUCGAGAGAGGAAAGGUAUCUGGGGUUUGUGGAGCGGUGGUGUUUGGAUCUGUGUGCGAAGGUUCAGAGGACGACUCCUAGUAUGCAGGAACGCCUCCCGGCUACGGAGCCGGUCGUGUUCAAUCAGCUGAAGUCGUGUUUGGAGAAGUCCCCGGAUGGAAGACCGCUCGAUCUGGCGAUUGCAUCGGAGCUUCUGGAUCAUCUUGUGGCGGGCCAUGAGACGACGGGGAUCACCUUCACAUAUAUUAUGUGGGAGAUGUCGCAGCGGCCGGGGUUGCAGGCGAAGUUGCGGGACGAACUUGACUGCUUGUCGGUGUCGCUACGGUAUGAUGAGGCUAAGAAAGUGCCGGAGACAGAGGGUGAGAUCCCCCCGCUGUCGGAGAUUGAUCGUCUUCCGCUUCUCGAUGCUAUUGUCCGCGAAACGCUCCGCUUGCAUGCUCCUGCUCCGGCGCCUUUGCCGCGCGUCACGCCCCCAGAAGGCACAUGGCUACAUGGGUAUCAGAUCCCCGGUGGCGUGAAGGUGAGUUCGUCUGCGUACUCGCUGCAUCGCAUUGAGGAGGUAUUUCCCGCGCCAGAGGAGUGGAUGCCGGCGAGGUGGGUGGAUGUCGAGGAGGGGAAGAUCCACGACAUGCGGAGGCUGUUCUGGGCGUUUGGGAAUGGAGGGCGGAUGUGUCUGGGGAGCAAUUUUGCGCUCUUGGAGAUCAAGUUGGUUGUGGCAGCGCUGUAUGCGAAUUUCACCACCGUUGUGGUCGAGCAUGGGGACAUGGAGCAGGACAUGGCGUUUAUCUCGUUGCCCAAGGGGAGGAGGUUGCUGGUGAGGUUUGAUAGAGUAUGAGCAUGAGGGUAAGUAGAUUGGUUCAAACCUCUGCAGCGAACGGGGAUAUUCAUAGUCCCCUACGGUCUCACAGCCACCCUCAUCAUCGCCAAUCGAUCCCUCGCCUCAUCAGAAUGGUUAUACACGUCUCCGUUGAACUCAUAUGUGACAUCGCCUUUGAUAUAAAGCUCCGGCAGUCGUUCACCACCCGGAUGUUCCUUCAUGAACUCGCCAACGUCAUACACAAAUCGACUCUCGAUAUUCAAUUUCCUCUGGCCGCGGGAAAACUGCUCACUGCUCAUUCUCAU